UAAAGCUGAUCGUAUUUUUCGAUCACAUAUUUGACGUGAACAUAACUACGGAAAAUAAACACGUAUCGUGGUAUGUUCAUCGUCGCUUAAUCGUUUCAUCACAAAGAUUAAAGAAAUAUAAAAAAUAGUUUACUGCUAAAUUAUUUAUAAUGGCUGUGUCUAACAAGUGGGAGAAUGCUUGUAGAUUAUGUUCAGAAGAGAAAAAUGAAAUGUUAUCAAUUUUUGGUAAUGAAGGUGUACAACGUAAAGUAGCACAAAAAUUACGUGCUUGUCUGCCAGUCUUAGUAUACAAAACCGAUCCACUGCCAAAGCAAAUAUGUCAGUUCUGUGCCGCAAGGUUGGAUGAUGUUUAUGAAUUUAGAGAAUAUUGUUUGAGUGUUUACAAAAGUAUGUAUUUGAAAUUGUUAGCAUAUAAGGAUAUUGAAUCUGUUCAAAUUUAUUUAGAAGCAAUGAAAAAUUCUCCUGAUCCUUGUCAGUCUCAAUUAUGGAGAGAAAAGGCUAGAGCACCACCACCUUUGGUACCUUUGCCAGUUUCACUGCCAAUUGAAAGUCCAUCAAUGUCAAUAGAUAUUAAUCAAGAGCAUCAAAAUAGUUGCAUGGAAUCAUUACCUGAAUUACCAUGUGAAGUAGAAAUUAAAGAAAUGACUACAGAAUCAAUAUUAGAAACAGAUAUUAGUGCAUAUGAAUCAUCACAUAAAAAUUGUAUAGAAAAUGAGUUAUAUGAUAAAUUAAAUAUAAUAGUAAAUCAUAAUACAAAUUUAUUAAAAAAUGAAAAUAAUAUCUCAAGACAAAAAAUAAAGGAGGAAGAAAAAAGAACUAGUAUUUUAGAACAAGUACUGACAGGUAGUUUAACAAUGAAUGACAGAAAAGAUUUAAACUCAGAAACAAAAUUAUCAUCUAAAUGGUGGUGUACUCCUUGCAAUAGUUAUUAUAAAACAAAAGAAAGCUUAAUGAAACAUAUGCAGUUACACUGUCCAAGAAAAUAUAAUUGUAGAAAAUGUUCUGCUUGCUUUGAAUUGGUAGAAGACUUAGCUAAACAUGAAGCUACUAAUCAUUUGAAAGUAACGUUAGACUUUGAUAGAAGUGUUAUAGAUUGUGAUCAAUGUGAUAGACAAUUUGUGAGUUGGGAAAUGUUAAAGAAACACAGAUUACGUGAUCAUUUAACUCAAAUAAAUGAAAUUGGGACCAAUACAUGGUGCUCCUUAUGCAAUAGAUUUUUCCCAAGUACAGAAGCUUAUCAAAGUCACAUUCAAUUGCAUGAAGUCAGUAAUUCAACAAAAACAUUGCAAUUAACGAAUCAGCAAUCAAUGAAAAUUCUCAAAAACGAGGAAUCUUCAAAAGAAGUGAAAAGAGAGCAUUUUACAGAUACCACUAAAUCACUUACAUGUCCUACUUGUGGAAAAAUUUGUACUCAACAAAGUGCAUUAUCAAAUCACAUGCGUACUCACGAACCAAAAAGACACAAAUGUGAUAUAUGCGGUCGAUCUUUUGGACUUUUUAUACGUUUAGCAGCACAUAGAAUGAGUGAACAUAGUCAAGAACCUACAGUGUCACUUGUAAUGACCAGUGUUGAACAAGAAGAAGCAUUAAAUGCUGAAAGAGAAGCUAAAGAAGCAAAAGAAGCCAGAACUCGUGCAAAAACUAGAACAUAUUCAGAGAUGGAAGAUAUUCCUAAUCAUGAAGAUUUACCAUCGAAAAGAAAUGUUCCAUUAAAUACUAAUGCAUUUAAAAAUGUUGCAAGAUGUGGUAUUUGUUUACAAUGGUUCAGUGAUCAUACUACAAUGUUAACGCAUUUACGAACACAUUCAGACAAUUAUACUUGUAAAAAUUUCACUUGUCACAUAUGUAAAAAAUCUUUCAAAGAAAAGUGGCAAUUAUUUAGACAUGAGGUAUCUCAUAAACGAAAUGAAUCAACAUCAAUGUACAUAUGCACAGUAUGUAACAAAUCAUUUGUAGACAAAAAUAUAUACAAAACACAUCAAAAAUCUCACAUUAUUGAUAAAACAUAUCAUUGUUCAAAAUGUAACAAAAUAUUUUUCAAAGAAGUAUCUCUAUUAACACAUCAAUGUUCGGCAGAAACUGUGCUCAGUAAAAAAGGUGUUUCCUCAAAGACUUCACAAAAAUCUAUGUCAGUUAGUAACAGCAAAAAAUAUAAAUGUACCAAAUGCAAUGCCUCUUUCAGUAGUUUUCAAUCUAAAAACUCUCAUAUGAGAAUACAUAUGGAAAGUUCAUAUACAAUGGUGCGAAAACAAGACUUAAAGAAAGAGUCAAAAAAAGAAGAAAAAGAAGAAGAAGAAGAAGAAGAAGAAGAAGAAGAAGAAGAAGCUAUGCCAAAAUUAAUUCCUGAAACAUCAUUGGAAUAUUCCAUAUCUCCUAUUGAACCGAAAAUAGAAAUAAAUGAAGAAAGUGCACCACCUCCGAUUAAACGAACCUUAAUCAAGACAAUGGGCGGGUAUCGAUGCGGAGUAUGUCAAUCUCCAUUUGUUUUACGAGAAUUAGCUGUUGCACAUUUAAGAUCUGCACAUCCUUUGAUGCCAUAUCAAUGUCCUUAUUGUAAAAAACGAUUUACUACCCAAUAUACAUUCACGCAUCAUAUUAAAACAGAUCAUCCUGACGAACACGAGAAUUGAAUUGUACAAGUUAAAAUGCCAAAUGGUUAUUAUACCAUAAAAUAAUGCCUUCGAGAAGGGUAACUUUUGUUUACAUAGAAGUUAUAUAUAAUUAUAUAUAUUAACAUACAUAUUAACAGUUAUCGGUUUUAUGCUGAAACUGAAUUAUUUAAUAAUCUGGCACACUAGUUCCUGAACAAAAUAAUUGGCCUUAAAUAAAAGUUUUGUAAUUCUGUUUCAUGAAAAAUAAAAAAAAUAUAUAUAGUAUAUUUAUAAAUAAAUAUAGAUUGUGUUAAAAUAUAAUUUUUGAUAAUGAAGCAUCAUUUAUUAAUAGGAGACUGGAUUAGAACUAGUACUUAUAUUGAACGUGCCUAUUUAAGUACUGUAUUAUAGUGCUAUAUGAAUUUUUAGUCAAAUUGAUUUAUAAAUGCCGAAGAGAUAUAUUAUCAAAUUAGAUAUUGUAUAUAUUGUUCAUUAGUAACAGUUUCACAAAGUUGUAUAAAAGUGUUAUCUUUAUAUAAUUUGUUAGUAUUGACAGACAUUCCUUUUUUUUUUUCUUUUUUUUUUUUAAAUAAGAAAAUUUUUGAAAUUCUAAGAAUGCUUGUUUGUUCUUUUCUUGUCAUUUUAUAAUUACACAAUUUUUUUUGUAAACUUAAAUAAAAGCAAACAAGUAAAUAUAUUGUUAUUGUAAAUAAUUAUCGUUUUAUUUUAUAUAUAUAAAAUUUAUAUUAAAAUCACUACCAACAGAAAGCUUUGUACGCUUAUUAAAUAAACUUUUAUUAUAGAAAAUAGUCCUAUA